GUCGCGCGCGGGGCGUGAGGCAGCACGGAGGCGACUCGCCGGAGGGGAGCUAGCUCGACGCCCGUCCAGGCACUGUCGGGGAGACACGCGCGGCGGGAACCGCACCGGCAGCCCCGAGAGCAGAAGCCGCCGCCGUCCGCGGAGCGCAGCCGAUCCGAUCCGACCCGACCAUGGCUUUGUCGAUGCCGCUCAACGGGCUGAAGGAGGAGGACAAAGAGCCCCUCAUUGAGCUCUUCGUCAAGGCUGGCAGUGAUGGUGAAAGCAUAGGAAACUGCCCCUUUUCCCAGAGACUCUUCAUGAUCCUUUGGCUCAAAGGAGUUGUUUUUAGCGUCACAACUGUUGAUCUGAAAAGGAAGCCUGCAGACUUACAGAACUUGGCUCCAGGGACCCACCCGCCAUUUAUAACUUUCAACAAUGAAGUCAAAACGGAUGUAAAUAAGAUUGAAGAAUUUCUUGAAGAAGUCUUAUGCCCUCCCAAGUACUUAAAGCUUUCACCAAAGCACCCAGAAUCAAAUACGGCUGGAAUGGACAUCUUUGCUAAAUUUUCUGCCUAUAUCAAGAAUUCAAGGCCAGAGGCUAAUGAAGCAUUGGAGAGAGGUCUCUUGAAAACACUCCAGAAACUGGAUGAAUAUCUGAAUUCUCCCCUCCCUGAUGAAAUCGAUGAGAAUAGUAUGGAAGACAUUAAGUUUUCUACACGGAAGUUCCUGGAUGGCAAUGAAAUGACACUAGCUGACUGCAAUCUGCUACCCAAACUGCAUAUUGUCAAGGUGGUGACCAAAAAAUACCGCAACUUUGAUAUCCCGAAAGGAAUGACUGGCAUCUGGAGAUACUUAACUAAUGCUUAUAGUAGAGAUGAAUUUACCAAUACCUGUCCCAGUGAUAAGGAGGUAGAAAUAGCAUAUAGUGAUGUAGCCAAAAGACUUACCAAGUAAAAUAGCACUUAUAAGAGAGAUGUCUUCUCAUCUUCCCCUAAGAACAUGGCUUUUCUUAACAGACUGCUCCUUCCUGUGAAGUUACAAUUUUAUUUUGCAUGAUCAUGCAGUUAUUCAAGAUUAGGAAAAAGGAUAGACAAGAUAUAGUAGCUAACUUGAAAUAUACACUCCUAAGCAGUAUUAUUUCAAAAUUCUUUUACCCUAUCUCACCUUGCCUUUAUUCUCCUCCUAUAAUUUGGAGACACUCCAUCAUAAAACUUUUCAUUUUAGAGAUAGUUUGCCCACUCUAGAACUCUCACUGCCCAGUCCAUUCCUUGUGUAUAGAUGGCAGAGAUUUUGAGGUGUAAUGUUUAACUGUUAACUUCUAAAAUAGUAACCAUGUAUUCCAUCAGUUAGCCCAAACUGGUGCAUUAGCGUGGUACAAGGGGUAUUUAUGUAUUUGGGGAAUUGUAUUUUAUUUAGUAAGAGUAUAUGAAAGGAUUGCUACUGUAUCAAAACAAUCUGUUCAACUUAGUCUAUCCUGGAUUUGUACUAAUAGGAUAUUAGGUCCAGUAUAGGAAAUCUACAGAAAGUCACAAUACAUUUUGCUAUUUUAUUCUGUACAUGGAUUUUUUUACUUUUAAUUAAAGGCAUUUAAUAAACCAUCAUGCCAAUUAGAAUAUCUGACAACAUGUAGAAGUGGAAAGUUUAGAGGGAGAGCUGUAUUCCUAAAAUCAUUUCGAGCAUUUGGUCUUUGUUAGAAAUCAGUAGAUGCCUGAUACACUCUGCUUAAAUGUGUGGCUUUGUGUAUGUGCUCAGCCCAGUGCCAUUCAUUCGGAACAUUAUCACUUUCUUCCUUUAUUCUAAAAAGCUCUUUUAGGUAAGCACAGGCCUUGACAUUGUAGAUCUUUUGAGCAACACUACAUUAACUGACAUUUAAUUGAGUUAGCAAUAGCUAUCUAAUGAUUAUAAUUUAAAAAUUAAUGUAGAAAUUAUCCUGAGAAACUUAGGGUGGAUUUAUCAAAAUAUCAAGUAGAUUUUUGUUUCUAAAGCAUAUUUAUUUAAUGUGGAUAUCUAAAAAAUAUACACUGUUCAUCUUAUAUUUGAAACAGGAUAAAUUAAAGAAAAGCUAAAAUGUAACUGUUAUGGGUAGGCAUUUACCAUAGUUUUAUUUUACCACAUUUAUUAUACUUCAGUUAAUUUUUUCUACAACCAUAUUGAAAAACAGCACUCUGUAUGUUUGGUUUUCAAAUUGAAGUCCUAAACCAAGAUGGUUGUGCUCUAACAUGAUAGGAUAAACUUGGUGAAAAUAAAAACAAAUAUUUGUAUGUA